AAGUGUGCUCAUCUCAAUCUUACCUCAGUUCCCCAAGACCUUCCGCAUGGCCUGUUGGUCUUAUCCAUCCGUCAAAACCUAUUAACAGAACUUGUAAACAUGUCUUUCAUGAAUUACAACCAACUUGAAGAAUUGUAUGCUGGUCACAACUUCAUUGCCUUCAUUGAUAGUGGAACAUUCGAAACUCUACCACAAUUGCGGGUCGUGAGACUAGAUUAUAACCUGAUUACUUUUCUACCCAUGUAUUUUCUUCAGAAGAAUGCUCUUUUAUAUAUAAUAAAUCUAUCACACAACAAGAUCAGUACCAUCUCUGGCACUUCGGUGAGUACUCCGAAGGGUGGAAAUGCUUAUGGAUGGCGAAAUAUGUUGAUAGUUAAUCUAUCCUUCAACACAAUUACUACUAUAAAUGAGGAUGACCUUUUACCUUGGAGAAAUUGCUUUGUCCAUAAGUUCAAUGUAAAUGAUAACAAUGUGACGUUUAUUCAACCUAAGGCGUUUGGAUAUUUGCCCAAAUUAGGUACUCUGAACAUGAACAAUAUCAAGUUAGCUACUUUCGACGUCCGGUAUUUCAUGGGCCAUGUUGAAAUCGAGCGACUUCUGAUUGAUUCUUCAGGCAUUAAGUACAUUCAUCCAGCGAACAUAUCGUCGAUGCGAAAAGAAAAUGUGCCACUGAUUAAAGACCUUAAUUUAGAUUUAAACAUCUUAAAACAUAUUCCAGGGUUUGCUCUGCGUGGUCUGGAAAAACUGCAAGUCCUGAGCCUUGGAGGAAAUCGUAUAUCUAACAUCAAUAAUGAAUCAUUUUGUGGCUUACAUGCACUGGUAAACAUAAGUUUGUAUGGGAAUAGAAUACAGUCACUUCCACGCGCCUCGUUCGCUUGCGCCUCAAACCUCAAGAAAAUUGAUUUGUCACGUAAUAACCUCGUGACAUUGGAUCCCCAAUGGUUUGACGGAUCAUUUUUUCUCCGUAACCUGGUGAUUGAUCAAAGUGGCAUCCGUAGCAUCACGUUCAGACCAUGGGAGGUAACUAAUCUUCAGACUCUUUUGGCCAUCGUUGGUUACCAUGAGAUCACCGAAGAUCGAACUCCGGAGGACUAUGAAUACCAACUCAACCUCAUGUUCCAUGAAGACGAUGAAUGGUGGGUAAAUGACUGCAUGAAACCUUUUCUGGAGCAGAGGAUGCCUCAUCUGGAGCGCGUCAUAUUUGGCGAUGCCGAUCUUCACCCAGGAUUGUUCUACUUGAACGCCAUCUACGACGUCAUCGAAAACAGCCACAAGACAAUAUUGUUGCUUAGCAACCAGUCUGUGGACGAUGCCUGGUACAUGACCAAGCUCCGUAUGGCAGUGGAGCACAUGAAUGACACCAAGUUGGAGAAGGUCAUCUUGAUUUUCCUUGAAGACAUCGAUAAUGACCAUCUACCGUACCUUGUUAGGCUCUUGCUGAGUCGAAACAAGCCUUAUUUGUUGUGGACAGAGGAUGAAGAAGGUCAAGAGAUCUUCUGGGCAAAGGUCCAGAAGAGCAUGAGAUCAAACCGGCAAAUGAACAAUGUUAUACCCGUUUAA